AUGACUCAACAAGGCAUCACAAACUUACAAUCUCCCACAACAUCCACUCCAGAAAGUCCGAAUGGAGAUAACGAAGCUCAUGAUGAGAUUGGAGCCUUGGUAGCAACAACAGAAGAGACCUCUGCGGUUAUGGAGAACAAUGCAAUCGGUAGUGGUGUCGGUAUCGGCUGGGUUACCGACGAGCAUCAGUCCAUUGCGAUGGCAUCAAGUGAGGGUCUAAUGACUACCGCCUCCCUGCCCGGAUCUAUCUUUCAGAUUAACGACGUGGGCGGCCUCGCCAUCGACAGAACUACUGUCGAACCAGCUUUGGGAACGUCCAACAUCAACUGGCUAAGUGAUAGCCAAUAUCUUUCGAUGUGGGAGAGCCAGUUAUCAAUCAUACCCGAUGGCCUUGGAUCUAUGCCAUUCACGUUCCCUUCCGGAAUCACCAGGUCUAAUUCCUAUGCACCUGUGCCUUCAACCGAUUGCGGUGACAUAAUUACCACCACAAGCCCUCUUCACAGCCGGGCGGGCAGCAUUCGCAGCUCCAAUGCCUCAAAAUCAACCGAUGGUGCGCUGUAUGUUGAAGGAACUAUGGCAAGAGCACCAUUUCGUGGGAAAGUGCUGGGCCGGCACAUGGAACAAUGUCGUGGCUCUACCAUGACAGAAGCCGCAUCUAUCAAUGGUGCCCAGGAUUUAAUUGAUGAAGAUGGUCAAAUGAUCUCGGCUUCCGUUCACGUGUCAGAAGAUCUUUACUCUACAUUGGUUUUGUCUGCUGGCGAGCAUAUCGAGAAUCAUGGCCUAAACUCAACAGCUACCUUGAUUCCCCCAUUAGGGCACAUCAGAUGCUUUGUGCGACUAUAUUACAAGAACUUCCAUGACACAUAUCCCUUUCUGAGAAAGAGUGCCUCGAUAUGGCAAGACACGGGAAACUGGCUCCUGCUUCUAGCCGUAUCAACUAUUGGGGCGAAGUACUUGGGCGAGAUCCUUGACUCUAUCAUCGCGUACGAGUUUGACUGUCAAUAUCUUUUGCAGCUCCAUGAGGUCCAGACGGUACUCCCAUGUCAAGAUGAGAUAUGGGACCAGCCGACCUUGGAGGGAAUGCUUGAUUAUAGCAGUCGCCAAGCAACAGUACUUGAGGCGCUUCACCUCCUCUACAUGAAAAAGCAACAACCAAGCAACUUGACCGAAUUCGGGAAUGUUGUGAUGAUUUAUGCCGUCUGCCAGAGGACCAAGGAAGCUGCCUACCAAUACCAGACUCCUUUAUCGAGAUGGACUCCAGUUGCCAAUGUCGAACCCUGUCCAGAAUCGGUUACUGUGGCCGAAUCCUGGCCUCCUAACGUUGACAUAAUAACACGAUGGAGAAACAGUGCCUGUGAUUGCCUUGAUAUCUUACACUGGAAAGCAAAUGGGAAGGCUGCUAACGCUGGCGGUUCAGAGCACCCGACUAUCCUUCUUCUUCACCUUUCCCGGUUAUAUCUCUUAGCGCCUUGCAAGCAUCUGCAGACUGUUGCUACAUCGGCGGCAUUGUUUAGGGAUAGCAAUGAAACACGGGACACGGCGGAGUACUUGGAAGCAUGCAAGCACCUUCAUCUUUGGGCGAAUGUUGACCAGUAUAAGGCUAGGCUAUCUAUUGUCCAUGCUGGAGCCUUGAUAUGGCAUGUUCGGCGAUACAGUAGGAACGGCUUCAUGGAGCCUCAUGCCAUUUACCUCGCCACGCUGUUGAUCUGGGCUUACAGCGUUUUCGCUACACAACCGACAGAUUCGGGAUUUCUACAGAACCACGACGGACCAAAUUCAAGACAAAAUCCCACGAACCAAGUCCCACGUAGCUCUGAUGACGCAGGGGCCCCAACAGAGUACGACGAUGAAGAAGAGCCAGAACCGAAAUUCAUUCAUUUAGAUCGUCCUUGCGACGACGAAAUUGUUCAGACGUUUAUCCGCGUUGGACAUAAGAUGCAGGGUUACAUGCAGCGAGUUGGCAAUAUUUGCAGCUCUGGUGCCCCGUCAAGGAUUCUGAAGGAAGGUGUGAGGCUUUUAUCAUACACGCAGACCAAACAGAAUGCGUGGGGGAUAGAGAUAUCUUUUUCUCAAAGCUUGACGAACCUUUCAGAUGCUACCAGCUCAAAAUAA